UCUGCUCCAGAUGUCCCUGCGGGGCCCCUGCGUGGGUUAGGGCGGGGAACGUCGGGAGGGCUCAGAGCCCGCCCCCUGCUGUACGCCGGGCGCGGCGGGGAUGGUGCUGGAGCCGUCGGGGCGCACGGAAACCCGCACUCGGAGCCGGCGAGCCGCGAUGAGGAAGCAGAGCGCGCGCACGGCGGCGCUCAUCCUGUGCAUCCUGUCCUACCUGCUGGUGGGCGCCGCGGUCUUCGAUGCGCUGGAAUCCGAGGCGGAGCGCAGCCGGCAGCGGCUGCUGGCUCGGAAGCGGGGCGAGUUCCGCAGAAAGUACCGCUUCUCCGCCGACGACUACCGCGAGCUGGAGCGCCUGGCGCUGCAGGCCGAGCCGCACCGCGCCGGCCGCCAGUGGCGCUUCGCCGGCUCCUUCUACUUCGCCAUCACGGUCAUCACCACUAUCGGGUAUGGUCAUGCCGCACCGGGCACGGACUCCGGCAAAGUGUUCUGCAUGUUCUAUGCCCUCCUGGGCAUACCCCUGACGCUGGUCACCUUCCAGAGCCUGGGCGAGCGUCUGAACGCGCUGGUGCGGUGUCUGCUGCUGGCAGCCAAGCGCUGCCUGGGUCUGCGGCGGCCGCACGUGUCUGCUGAAAACAUGGUGGUAGCCGGGCUGCUGCUGUGCGCCGCCACCCUGGCCCUAGGCGCCUUCGCGUUCGCGCACUUUGAGGGCUGGACCUUCUUCCACGCCUACUACUACUGCUUCAUCACCCUCACCACCAUCGGCUUCGGCGACUUCGUGGCGUUGCAGAGAGACGAGGCGCUGCAGAGGAAGCCACCCUACGUGGCCUUCAGCUUCCUCUACAUACUGCUCGGGCUCACAGUCAUCGGUGCCUUCCUCAACCUGGUGGUCCUGCGCUUCCUCGCCAGCGCUGACGCCCCGGAGCGCGCAGCCCACCGCCGUGCCAGCGUGUUCCGCAGGGGGGCGCGCGCGAGCCGCGUCCGCGCCGGUGGCUCCACCUGCAUCCCUUACCCCUUCCAUCAGCUGGAGACCUGGGCCCGUGACAAUCCGGCCUUCUCACCCCCCUUGAGCCCAGAAGCCGCACAUCAUUGCCACAGCAGCCCAGACAGACCCCGAGCCCGGAGGAAGUCCAUUUGACAGUCCUUCAUUACCAGGGCUAGGCCUAGCCAAUGUCUAGCUCCGCCUGUUAGCAAACCCACCCUUCUUUCCAGCUUGGAGGGGGUUGAGGCUCCAGUCACCAUCUGUGUAUCAUCCCUUCUAGAUAUAUAUGAAAGCUGCACUAACAGCAGAAGCCGACUCUACAGCCACCCAGAGGUGUAAACUGUUUAGUCUAAACUUGUAGGCAAACCUGGCCAUCAGCCCCUAGGAGGGGUGAUACCUAGGUCAAGCAUCCCUCUGCGGUCCUUCAAAUGCAACGCGAGGCUAGUUUCUGCUCUGAAGAGGAUACAGGAUAUCCCGCGGGGGAGAGAGGUAUGACUUUAAACACCAGGAUUCUACCAGGAAGGCUGGAUGCUCAUGCUAGAAGCAUGGAGAUGGACAGGCUGAAGGGAAUUUAUGAAAAUGUUUGCACUAUAUGACUGCAUUUUCUCUGCUCUGCAUUAGGAGUGGAAUAUUAGCCCAUGUAUAAAUGGUUGUCCCUACUGUCAAACAGAUGCCGUGUCCCUGGCUAGCCCCUUUUGGAUGAAGGGAUGGCCUUCCCCCAUCACUACUAUAGGCAGCUCAAUGCUGUGGGAUGAAUUUUAUUCUGGACCCCACCAUAUCAUUGGUGAUCUAUCAUUGGGACUCCCAUCCCUUUCCUGGGCCUUAGCUUCCCCGUCAGUAAAACAGGGUUCCUCUGAAGAGCCUGCUUCGCAUGGGCACCGGUGACAGAGCUCCCUGAUGCAGGCACAGAGGAUGUUCAUGAGCCUGUUGGAGACAUCUUAGCAUCCUAGGGUGCUCACCACUUAAAGGGCCAGCAUCCUUUAUCUUCCCAGGUAGAACUGUCCCAGUGUAAAGCAAGAGCAAAACCAGGGUAGAAAAGCCAAAAACUUUAAUUUCCAACAUGAGCUAUGUGGUCAUGAAUACAAUGCCAUGUGACCCGCUCCAACUCAGACUCACCCCAAACCC